UUCACCGUGAUCCAGUUGGAGAAACUGAAACAGUGUGUAGCUUUCGUACCCCAGUAGAUUCUCUCUUUUGCUUACUUCACAUCUUUCUUUUGUUUGAAUAAUCCAGUGCUUAAAGUAUCCUGAUAAGAGCGAUUCAUUACUUCGAGAGGUCAAAGCCACGCUAAUGGUAGAAGAUGGAUGAAUCACAGAUGGUAGAUAUGUCCAAUUGCCGAGAAUGCUUAAUAUCAUACAGGCGAUGGAUCGAUUGACAAGGGUACGGGAAUGCCAAUCUUUUAUCUUUAGAGAGAAUGGAGAAGAUUUUAUUUUGUAGCACUAUAUAAUUCCAAAGAUGAUCGCCAAAGAACUGUCUUCCAAUCCAAUUUGAUGCAAGCGCAAGUCCAAAACGAUCCAGCAUCCUAUGCUCGAGCUCUCAAGAACUGUAAGGAUCUCGCCCAUGGCAGAGCCCUCCACACGCAAAUCCUCGCCAGCGCGCACCGGGAGAGCGUCUUCUUGGGCAACCACCUUGUGGAGAUGUACGGAGAAUGUGGCAGCGUUGUGGACGCGCGAAGUGUCUUCGAUGAGAUCCAGCCGCCCAAUGUGCACACGUGGACGAUCAUGCUCAAGGCGUAUGCCCGCAAUGGGCACCUGGCCCAGGCCAAAUCCCUCUUCGACGAUAUGCCCGUACGGAAUGUUGUGUCCUGGACGUCCAUGCUGGCGGCGUACGUGCAGGGUGGCCAAAUUGACGACGCGAGACGAAUAUUCGACUCCAUUGCCAGAAAGAAUGUUGUGACUUGGAAUGUUAUGUUAUCAGCAUAUGCCGUUGAGGGGCAUUUUUGCGAAGCGAAAGAAUUGUUUGACCAAAUCAAGGACAAAAACGUGGUUACUUGGACUAUUAUGUUGUCAGCUUACAUACACUGUCAGCCAUUGGGUGAUGCGAGAAUAUUCUUUUGUUCCAUGCCCAAGCGCAAUGUGGUGUCUUGGAACUCGAUGCUUAGUGCAUAUGCCCGUAAUGGGGAUUUAGAAGAGUUAAGACUUCUGUUUAAGGAAAUGCCUCACCGCGAUGACGUAUCGUGGAAUAUUUUGCUUAAAACGUACUGUUUGCGUGGUGAUUUGCAUGAGGCUAAGAAAUGUUUCGAUAAAAUGCCGAGAAGAGACGUGGUGUCUUGGACUACCUUACUUGCAGCAUAUGCCCGCCAGGGGCAUAUGCUGGAAGCGUUAGAAAUGUUUGAAAAGAUGCCACUUCGCGAUACAGCGGCAUGGAACUGCAUGAUAAACCUUUGUGUUGAGAAUAAAUUUCUACCGCGUGCAAGAUCUAUCUUUGAGAAGAUGGAAAGACGAGAUCUCGUUUCGUGGAAGACGAUGAUCGGAGCUUACACUGCGAGUGGCAAUCUCGACCAAGCGAAGGAUCUCCUGGAUCAAAACCCAUUCCAGGACGUGGUUUCGUGGACCUCUUUGAUCUCGGCCUGGUCCCAGAGGGGCGAUGCUACAUCGGCGUUUAGAAUCUUUCAAGGAAUGACUAUGGAGGGAGUGACGCCCAACGCGAUCACCUUCUUGGUCGUGAUCGAUGCCUGUGCCGGGAGCGCCGAUCUCGCCAGAGGCCGAGUAGUCCACCAGAUCAUCCUGGAGGAGCAGCCCAGCAUCGUGCUCCACGAUAUCGCGCUGGGGAACUCGCUGCUCAAUCUCUACAGCAAAUCCGGGAGCGCGGACGAUGCGAGGGAGAUCUUCGAGCGCAUGAAGCAGCGCGAUGAGAUCAGCUGGAACUCGAUGGUCGCGGCGUAUGCUCGAUCGAAGAAACCAUCGCUGGCCAUGGAGGUCUUCCGCACCAUGAAUCUGGAAGGCAUCGCAGUGACCGAGGCGACGCUAAUUCACAUCAUGGCGAUGUCCAGCCAUGCCGGAUCUCUGAUCAGCGCGAGGGAUUGCUUUGUUUCCACGUCCCAGGAUUUUGGAAUCGAUCACAAGCUGGAUCACUACAGCUGCAUGGUGGAUCAUUUGAGCCGAGCUGGGAAAUCUCGCGAGGCGGAGGAGCUGCUAAGAUCCAUGCCAUUCGAGCCCGAUUUGAUCGCAUGGAAAUCUCUCUUGGGCGCUCGAGAGGAUAAUUUACAGCGGGUAGAUUCUAAAACUUCCUAUGUUCUAGUCAGUAAUAACUUCUACAUUUUCACUUGAGCCACUC